AUGCCUCCGUCCAUACUGCAGCUAUCCUGGGACAUUGUCAGCAUCUCCCCUCCUCCAAAUCCUCUUCUGCACCCCAAGGACCCAGGGCUCCUCCUGCCUGACCCUCCCCUGAUGGCUGAGCUGAAGAUCCCUCUGAUUGGCCGGGUGCCAAGAGCUAUGAACAGGCAGGGCAAUAGAAGGACAACAAAAGAAGGAUCCAGUGAUUUGAAAUUCCAGAACUUCAGUCUGCCGAAAAAUAGGUCGUGGCCUCGUAUAAGCACUGCCACAGGUCAGUACCAGACCAUCAGUGAGCCUCUUCUGGAAUGCGAAAGGAACUUAGCCACAGUUCUGGAUGACAACAAAGGCUGCAGGAACGAAGACUACGAAGACCCCGAGCUGCACACGGUCCAGUCGUGGUGGUCGGGGAAGCUCUCAGCAGCACGGCCGGUGAAGGAGUCUGAAUAUGCAGAUACGCGCUAUUUCGAGGGUAUCAUAGAAACACCCUUUUCUUUCUACACCAAGACCUCUAUCUCCAUGGAGGGGCAAGCCUGGAAGAGCCAGAUGAGGCUGGAAGAAAUGAACAAACCCAUUUCCCAGGACUUCGGAGGACAGCAUGUGAAAGGAAACAAACCCAUGAGAGGAAUCAAGGAAAGGACUCCUUUGCCACCUCCUCGGCCGCCUGUCACCCUUUCCAAGAGGUACCAGCCCCUUCCCCCGGAGCCGGACAGCAGCGGGCCCCCCUUCCCUCUGAGACACAGUAUUCCUGAAGGCCGCCAAGGGUCCAGUCAGAUAAACUUAAAGAACUUAAGUGAGGUUCUUGGACCAGACAAAGUUCCUCAGCUCCAGAUGAAGUCUGAAUCACCUCACCCCUCACAAAACCAAUAUGCUCAAGAGAUUCCUCUUUUGGCUGCCAGUUCCUCGUUGAUGAUGUGUAACCAGACGGUGCAGAACAGGGGCAGAAGUACUGCAGCUCCCAGAGAACCCGCGCAGCCGCUGCCUCCUCCGAGAUGCCAGCCUCCAGGCAGCCUUCGCCCUCCGGAAGGCCCGCUGAGCUGGAGGAAGCCCGGGCCCCGCCGGGCUGACGGAAAGGAUGCCCUGCACAGCGAGUGGUACAUUGGGGAACACAGUCGCCAGGCAGUCGAAGAGGCACUGAUGAAAGAGAAUAAGGAUGGCACUUUCUUGGUACGAGACUGUUCUGCGAAGUCCCGGGCCGAGCCGUACGUGCUGGCGGUGUUUUAUGGGAACAAAGUCUACAACGUCAAGAUCCGCUUCCUGGAGCUGAGCCAGCAGUUUGCGCUGGGGACAGGACUCUGGGGAGAGGAGAAGUUCAAUUCGGUGGAGGACAUCAUUGAACACUACAAGCAUUCCCCCAUCAUACUCAUUGAUGGGAAGGAUAAAACUGGGGUUCACCGGGAACAGUGCUACCUCACCCAGCCCCUCCCUCUCAGGAGACACUUCUUGCCUUGGUAA